GUUGCCCACAGACCACCAGCACAUUCGUCACCUUUCUUUGGUCAUUCAGCAAGGUUUCGUGGUUUCUAUCAGUUGUCUGGCCAACUUCAAUGAAUAGGACCACUUGGAGAUAAACCGUUAGUAUCACGCUUGAUUAUGAUGCUCAAUGGACGUUCAAUAUUUCAUAAGGCGGAUAUGGACUCUCCUUCACGUUUACUUCAGGUUAGAAGAAGUUUGGGAUUACCGCAGGAGCUGAUCGACGUCAUCCUCGAGUUUCUCUGGAACGAUCAGGAAGCUCUACAGCAAUGUUGCCUCAGCUCACGUUCCUUUCGACCCCUGUGCCAGAGGUAUAUCUUCGAGUGCGUCAGAAUGAACCCCAUCUCCGGAAAACGUUCAGAGAAAGAGCACACCUCGGACAACCCCCAUCAAACUCCAAAGAUACACGUCGGAGAUUCUCAUACCCCCACGAUGGCCCAACGGCUCGAGGAUAUCCUCAAGUCUUCACCGGGCCUCGCUCUACUCAUCAGAGACCUCCGCAUUUGCAACGUCGAUGAAUCCGAUUGGGAGAGUUCAUUUGGAUGGCUCGAAAAAGAUACUUCUUUGCCGUUCAUUCUUCCCCACCUCGUCAACCUAGAACGCUUCUAUCUCUCUGGCUCUCUAACUGACGACUCGAGGGUCAAGAUGACAUCCCUUCCAAAGCCCGUGCAAGAGGCGCUUUUCACUACGUGGAAGUCACCAAAACUAACACAUAUCGGGAUUCAUUGCGUCAUCUUUGCAACGUUCCAUGACCUCACGUCUGUCCUUUUGCAUUCCAUUGCAGUACGGGAUAUUACUCUUUGUUUCGUCGACGUCGAUGUCGAUGAUCUCGAUGGCAAUGACCUGAAUACUGCUGGAGUCGUUGCCGCCUUGAAUGGCGAUGUCAUCGAAGGGAAAUCCGACGUUUUGGCUCCUUCAACCAUAAUACGGGCACCUACCAUCGAUUCCCUGGCGUUGUUUGCGGAACCUGAGGUCUUAUCACACCUUUGUUCGUGGCUUCUGAGUCCAACGUCAAACCUCCCUUUAUCCGCGUUGCGCAAGUUACACCUCCCCGUUGGACUCCCAGACGAUCUCCCAUUCUUCCAUCAAAUUCUCAAGGCUAGCCCCUCCCUUGAGGAACUGCACGUUACUAUGUUAUCCUGGAUAGAAUCCGCACCCCGAGAGCCGGCCGAUAUUUCGUCCCUCAAGGUUGUCCGUUUGGCAAUCGACCUCGGGGAAGAUGACGAUGGCGUAUUACCAACUUCACAUCACCCCACUUUACGCUGGUGGUGUGACAAUCUCACCUCAUCUCGAUCCCUCGCGUUGACGGAUUUUCAUAUCUACUUACUCACCGACUACGACGAGCUCAUUGACACUGGAUGGGAAUCGCAGCCAGAGUGGAAACGUUUGGACGGAAUUCUAUCUUCCCUGAAGCGGUCUGUCAAUUUGAAAAUCCAGAUAAUGGAAGAUGAGCCCGAAAUCGGUAACCGUGCGAAGUCGUUGAAGCCGUUGGAACAGCAGUUUUCGAGGAUGGGGGAUCUGGGCAGGUUGGAGGUCGGGUACAUGCAGGCGAAAGAAAUAUUUUGUCAUUUUGGGGUGCAUUGGGUACAGGAACCUUUUAACUCAUAGUGGUCGGAUAACUGGUUUUCGAAUACAUAGAUAUACGAUUGUGGGCGCAUAUCUUAAUCAUCUAAGCUGCUGAAUUUCUCCUACCUAAGUAGUACGGUAUUUGCGCUGUAACGAGCUAUCGAACUGUGCUGGCCACC